AUGAAACCGGUCAUGUUUCGAAAAGUGAGAAUUGUCCAGCAAGGAAAGCGGAAUGUUACAAGUGUCGUAAAAAAAGGUCACUAUGCUAAAUGUUGCAAGACUAAACAAAAGUCAGAAAAACGUGGGAACUUUCAGAAACAUUUGCCAAACAAGAACAAAGUGAACUUAGUGGACUCACAUGAUGAACACUUUGCAUUUAUUGUAAAUGCCGAGAAACAAUCAUGUAUUUCUGUAACAAUAGGAGGUGUGCAGACGGACAUGAUAAUAGAUUCAGGAGCAACCUGUAACCUGAUCAGUGGACUCGAAUGGGAAAGACUGAAGAGCUCCAAAGUGAAGUGUGACUCGCGCAAGUGUACAAAGAAACUGUUUGCAUAUGGCAGUAAGACUCCCUUGAAUGUUGCAGGAAGUUUCACAGCAGAAAUUUCAGUUGGCAAACCUACACAUGUGGCUGAAUUCGUUGUUGUAGAAGGUGGUGUACAAAAUCUUCUGGCCUGGUUUCGUGAUGUAUUCAGUGGACUAGGGAAGCUUAAGAAUUUUCAGUUGGAGAUUCCCAUUGACAAAACAGUGAAACCUGUGGCUCAGAGUGUUAGACCAGUACCAUUUAGUAUGAGAGAGAAAAUCAACAAGAAACUUCAGGAGUUAUUAGACAUGGACAUAAUAGAGAAAGCCGAAGGACCUACUCCAUUGGUCAGCCCAAUAGUCGUGGCGCCGAAACCAAAUGGAAGUUUCACAGCAGAAAUUUCAGUUGGCAAAACUACACAUGUGGCUGAAUUCGUUGUUGUAGAAGGUGGUGUACAAAAUCUUCUGGGUAAAGACACUGCGUUAAAAUUGAACAUGCUCAGACUAGGACCCGAACUGUCAGAAUAUGUCAACAGUAUAUCAAGACAAGACUUGUUACACCAGUUUCGUGAUGUAUUCAGUGGACUAGGGAAGCUUAAGAAUUUUCAGUUGGAGAUUCCCAUUGACAAAACAGUGAAACCUGUGGCUCAGAGAGUUAGACCAGUACCAUUUAGUAUGAGAGAGAAAAUCAACAAGAAACUUCAGGAGUUUUUAGACAUGGCCAUAAUAGAGAAAGCCGAAGGACCUACUCCAUGGGUCAGCCCAAUAAUCGUGGCGCCGAAACCAAAUGGUGAUAUCAGACUUUGUGUUGACAUGCGACAGGCGAACCAAGCUAUAAUUCGGGAACGUCAUCCAAUACCAGCAGUGGAUGAAAUUCUCCAGAACCUGAAUCGGAGUUGUAUUUUUAGUAAACUAGAUUUGAAACUGGCAUUCCACCAAAUAGAGUAA